AUGGGUGAUGGCGGAUUGCAAAGUUGGUUGGUCCUUGGGGUCCUUGUUCCCCGGUCUUCCCUAGGUGUUGUCAAGAAGCAGCUCGGGCCCGCGUCCCCAACUGGGGCAGUUGCUGCUGCUGCUGCCGUCGUACGCACCGUCUCAUCCGCGCCAGUGUUGUCCCCCGCAGCGCUGGCGGGCGCGCGCCUGGCCGUCACCACCCCGGGCAUUCCCCUCCCUGGCAUGGGUGCACCUUCUGGGCCGCGCCCCACCUCUGCUCAGCGGCCCCUAUCCCCCCGGCAACUGCUCCAGCGGCUCAUCAGCUUCCCGCAGGGCCACAUGGCACAGCCGCUGCAACAGCAACAACAGCGGCAGCAGGGCGCACCCCCGCCGGAUCGAGCUUUCGGGCCCCGCGCCGCAGACUACCCAGCGCGCCACGCCUCCCCCCGCCCCGCCCUCCUAGCCAGCUACAGCUCUGGGGCGAGUAAUGGCAAUGGCAAUGGCGCUGACUACUCCUGGCAGCCGCCACAACAUGCGCCACACCCGCCUAACAACGCAAAACAGCGGCUGAAUGACCCGCGGGUCAUGUCUGGCCGCGGUGGCGGUGCUGCUGCAUUGCACACUAACAUCUGGAUGGCACAGCAGCAGCAGCAGCAGCACACGCAGCAGAGUAUACCGGACAGUCCGUUGAGUUCCCCAGCUGGUCUCCGGCCAGGGCAGGGCCAGGAUUAUCACGGGCAAGGGCACGGGCAGCACGACUGGGAGGUGUUGCACAGUCCCGGGCGACCUCAGAGCUCCGGUCCCUCGGCAUCAUCACCCACCCGCUGGCCGGGGGCCCAGCAGCAGCAGCACCAGCCGCAGGGGUUGCUGGCCGGGGGGAAGCCCGGGGCCGGCAAUGACGUGGUGGUGGUUGGGUUGCGGGACGUACCGCCCUCCCAACUGCCGUUUGCCCGGGCAGUGGUGCAGCCGGAGGGGGCCGGAGGGGGACCCCGGUUCGAGGGCGGCCUGGUGCGGGCCGGUGGUGGUGGUGGUGGUGGCGGGUCGUCGGAUGAUGGCACAAACGCGUCCUGGUGGCAUGGGGGGUAUGGGGCCUGCUCGGAGGCGAGCUACCCGCUGACUGCGGUAACGGACCGCAAUGCGGUGGGAAGGGGAGAAGACGACAUGACCCCCUCAGAGGCGGCCAUGUGGCUGUCGAGAAUGGCGGAGCUGGAGGCCGAGGUGAUGGAGGAGCGCGAAUUCAGGCGAAAGUACGAGGAGGAGAUCCGGAUGCUCGCGGCCGCCGCCACAGCGGGGGGCCGCGGAGGGAGACCCUCCGGCGGGGGACCCAUGCUUUGGCAAACCACAGCCGGCAGGGUGGUCUCGGGCGCACGGGCCGCUGCGGCGGCAGUGAUGCGCCACAAGUCCGGGCUGCCGCCCUGA